CCACCCACCACGACUGCCAGGAAAGGAGGGCGUGAGUUAGUUGUUGAAUGACAGCCCGACCGGCGUCGUUGUGUUGAUCGGUGUGUGGCCGAGACGAAGGAGCCUGUGGAAUAUACACACGUGAAUUAGACCCACUUUAUUAGAACAGUUUACCUUAACUCAGCCGUCGUUGCGUUGUCGUCGGGGACUAAAGUGGUGCCUAUAGGCCGAGACGAGGUGCUCUCAGGUUAGUGGUCCGGCCGGUUCUUUGGUGAGCGAGGAAGCCAGCAAAAGUAAACACGAUUCUCAAUCUGUUAGAACUCUUUCUCUUUUAAAAUAACAGCGCCAACAAUCAAAUCAGUCUGUCAAAAUGGCACAUAUUGGGCUCGCGGCUUUUAUUAUUGACGCCCAGACUGUGAGCAACGCAUAGGGAGCUUGUCGGCCACUAUGUUUUGAAGGGGAGCCAAUCAAAUCUGCUAUUCAAAUCCACGCUUAUGUGAGUGACCUAUAUCUCAUGUAUGUGCGCCAAGAGCCCGCAGUUACCUCAGCGCUAGACCAGACAGCAUGGGGACGAACGGGGUAGACAAGCAGGCGCAGCCGUCUAGCGGCGUGUCCGGGACGGAGCAGUCCGCCGCGGGUUCCCCGGACGAGCAGGGCGAUGCUGCCAAAGAUACAGGGCGGGAGAAGGAUGACUUUUCACCGGAGAGUGAGCAUAAACUGCCCCAGGAGGACAGCACAGUACAAUUGAUCGAGACUGGAUGCAAGCUGAUUCCACCCCCGGCUCUUGAACCUGAUACGACGGAGCGGAACGGCGGAGGAUUCGUUCCGCCUGAAGGUGGUUUUGGCUGGCUGGUGGUUUUGGCAGCCACCUGGUGCAAUGGGUCCAUCUUCGGGAUUCAGAACUCUUUUGGCAUCCUGCAUAUGAUGCUGGUGAGGGAGCAUGCAGACCCCGAGGACAAGACCUCCCAGUUCAAAGUGGCCUGGGUCGGUGCUCUUGCCAUGGGGAUGAUUUUCUUCUGUUCACCGGUGGUCAGCAUGUUCACGGACCACUUUGGCUGUCGUAAAACUGCCGUCAGCGGGGCGCUCCUGGCAUUCAUCGGAUUGCUGAGUACAUCUUUUGCAAACUCCUUGAGCCUCCGCUAUUUUACAUAUGGUAUACUGUUUGGCUGUGGAUCCUCCUUCGCGUUCCAACCGUCUUUGGUUAUCCUUGGCCACUACUUUCGCCAACGCCUGGGCCUUGCCAAUGGCGUGGUGACAGCAGGUGCUAGCCUCUUCUCCAUGGGUCUCCCGGUUUUGCUGAACAAAGUAGUGGAGCCACAUAGACUUAGCAGAACCUUCCAGAUCCUCAGCGUCUUCAUGCUGGUGCAAGCCUUCCUGGCGCUAACAUUCAAGCCAUUGCUUCCUGCUGGACCUCGCAUGGGACCAACAGGCACCGCUGAGUCGCAAUCCCAGGCAGGGGUGACUCCUCAGAAUGGGAGUUGGUGGAAUAAGGCAUUGGUGGGGGUCAGAAAAUACUUCAACCUGCGAGUAUUUCGCAUCCUCACUUACCGUGUGUGGGCAUUCGGAGUUGCUACAGCUGUACUGGGCUACUUUGUGCCUUAUGUUCAUCUGAUGAACUUUGUGGACGAGCAGUUCAAGGGGACCAAGAAAGAAUGGGUACUCCUUGUGUGUAUCGGAGCAUCAUCAGGGGUGGGGCGUCUCACUUUCGGCAAAGUUGGGGACCUCAUUCCGGGCCUGAAGAAGAUCUACAUGCAGGUGGUAUCUUUUAUAGCCCUGGGCCUCAUGUCCAUAUUGAUCCCUCAGUGUUCUCUCUUUGAGGAGCUUGUGGUCGUUUGUGUAUUUCUGGGACUGUGUGACGGAUGUUUCCUGACAAUGAUGGCUCCCAUAGCAUUUGAGCUGGUUGGGCCUAUGCAGGCGUCACAGGCCAUAGGAUAUCUCCUCGGCCUCAUGUCUCUUCCAAUGACUGCUGGUCCACCCAUUGCUGGUCUGCUUCACGACUACUUUGGGAAUUAUACGGUAGCCUUCUCUGCAGCUGGUGUUUCCCCCAUUAUUGGAGGCGUGGUGCUGUUCUGUGUACCCCUGAUACAGUGGCGAUUGGAGCGUGGCCAGACAGCAGCACCAGAAGAGACGACCACUCAAAUGUUGCCCAAUGCUCAACAGAUGCCAAAGAGCUGCUCCAAUGGAGACUCUCUGCCUGGCUACUCUGAUGCGGAGACACAUAUUUGAUGUUUGAUUGCCCUUCCCAAGAAUGCACUAGGGAGACUGUCCUUUUGCCUGACCUUUGAUUUUGCCUCCGUCUUGACCUUGCUAAGGGAAACUGAGUGUGAUCAGUUUUGAAGCUGGAGUGAGAAAAGGGUGACUGCUAUACAAGUAAAGGAUGUGAAACAAAACAUUGCCUGAGAGGGCAGCAAAAUAUUAACAUGACAAACAAACAAUGGUAAUUUAUAAUUAUUUUUCGCAUCUUAAAAGCCCAGCUUUGCUUGAUAAGUCCAAAUAGAAUAUCUUUUAAAGAUAUGAAUGAGGGUCAUAAAUGGACAAUAAACAGUUUACUUUGUCACUUUAAACAAAAAUAUGUUACGAUGUACUUAAGUGACUGUGAUUUUUCCCAUUACCCUAUAAGUGGAGGAAGCGUGCGGUUUGUUAUAUUAACUUCAGCUUCUCAUGGCAUUAAGUUGAAGUAGAUCAUGGAGAGGAAACAAUCUUUUUUUUUUUUUUGUAAGAAUGAUGGAAUGACAAGCUGUUCAAUCAACAUCAGCCAUGAGAGCAAAAUGUCAUGUUUGAAAUUUGUAAUGAUAACAAGCAGUUAAUUCAUUAUCUUAGUGAAAAACUUGAAAAGUUUUGACAAGUGCUUUAUCAACCUGUGCUGAUUAUUACAGCUAUUACUUUCAGUUUAUAUUAUUCUCAAUUUUUCCACUGGGAUAACUCUCAGGAAAAAAAACGUAUAUGUUGCUAAGAGGGAAAAAAAAACAAUCAGCCUCAUCUAAACUUAUAACGUAUUUACAGCAUUAACUACUUUACCAGCCAACUACACAGAAGACCGAAGUGCAACUAAGAAAGUGUUUUAUACAUAAACACAAGAAAAUGUUAUUCAUGUUUCAUUUAAUCAUGCGUGCUUGAUAGAACACAAAACUAGGUCAAUCAAAUAUGGUGCAGUGCUUUAAAUUUGCACCGUCCACAUGCCUCAGAUGUUUUAGUUUCAAAAUUUCGCGAUUUUGAGACGUAGAUCUCUAAAUGCUACCACAUAAUCAUUGACUUUCCUGGAUGAUUCCUACAUUUUUUCUCUUAGUCUGACACUGUACAUUAUAUUAAGGUAGAGUCAUCUUAAUGACUUGGAAUGGAAUUUUUCCACUUUUAAAAAGGCAUUUUAGAGCUUUUCCCUUGUAGGGAGAAUUUAUUCUUUCUACGCUUCUACCAUGCAUUUGCGUCAACAGUGAAUUUUAACUGGGUCAACGGACUCGAAGGAGCGAUUUAAUCUUCCUUCUUUUGUCUUAAUCACUAAUCCUCUCAUACCUGCAUUUAUCUUUUUGUACACAUUCGCUCUUUAGUUUCAGAUUAAUUUAAUCCCAAAGCGUAUUUUUCACGAUUACUAAACAGUAAACAUACACAAAUUGUGGACCUCAAAUAAGUCUGGUGUUAUGAAUUUGGGUUGUAGAUGAUUUGAGAUAGUUUUACAUGUAUUUUCUGACUAAAAAUCAAACCACAAGAUGGCACAAUCAGGUUAGUUAUAGCUAACCUCAUAAAGGUUUUACAUUGUCAAUCAAGUUUAAUUCAUGUUGAAGAAUUAGUUUCUCAUUAUUACACUAAUAUUCGUGAACUACAUGCUGUUAUAAGCAGGAGCGUGCUGAAGUGAUAUUUGUAUUCAUUCUCUAACAGGUGUUCUAAUGCUGCAUUCAGUGAAAGUAAGAAGUCUGUUUGUAUUGGCUGCGACCUUAAAGCUUUCAAGGCCAGUGUAAACAACAAAGAUGUUUUAUUGGCAUAAUAUUUUUGUAUUGUUCCUCAGAACACAUUGUGUCCUCUAGUUAUUCCCAAUAGAUAUUUAUUCAAUUCUAGUAAAGUAUAUUUUACAGAGCGAUACAAAUUUUAAAAAAACAAACAAAACAAAACAAAACAAAAAAAAAAAGGUCAUCCCCAAAAGUCGAAUAACUUCCUUAAUUUAGAUCGACAAAAAACAUUAUCUACUUUAGGUCAAGUGUAUGUAGCAGACAAGGCAUGUGCCGGUAUGAUAUUCUAACGGUAUGAUAACCUUAAGGCAAAAUAUCAUGGUUUCACCAUAUCACGGUAUUGCAAUUACAGCUCUAGAAUGCGUUACUUUGAGAUAUCUGGGUUUAAAAAAACAAAAAAACUUUAUUCCAUUAAAUUUUAUUUUUCAAAACAAAUUAGCAAAUUGGAACAUAUAUAUAUAUGUAUUCUAAAUAAGAUCACAAAUUAAUGCAAUCCUUUAGGGAAGCCUAACCCACAGCCACAGCUCAACAUUAAUGCAAUCAGAGCAAAAAUAAUUGAAUUACUUUCCAUAAACAGCACGUGUGUAUGACUCGUAUCAUGUUUACAUUAUGCACACUCUCUUUCUCAACACAGACAGUUGCCAGAGAGAAAAAAAACACGUUUUACCACCGCGAGACACACUAAACACGCUGGACUAAACUCACGUGGCUGGUGGGAAACGCUCAUGACAGCGAUUAGUAAUCUUUAAUUUUGUAUAAAUGCGAAAUCAUAUUGGAGGUAUUGCCUCCUCGGAACAUGUUUUACAUGUUGUUUGGUUCUUCUCCUCCAAGCUGCAGUUGUCUAACUUUUCUUUAGCCAAAUUAUUCCCAUACCAGCGAUUUUUUUUUUUUUUUUUGAUGGGGCAAAAAGUUCAGUUUCACCUCCUCUACCCAUCGUGUAACACCGCUAACUCACUGACACUGAGUAACAACCGGU